UUUUUUAUCUUUAAUAUAUUACACAUUUGUAUGCAUUAUUAUUUAAAUUUAAAUUUUUUUAAAUGAUUAUUAUAAUAAUAAUAGGUAAAAUAAUAUAGAAACCAAAAGAAAUACUUUUCUGAACUCAAUUAUUUUAUUGUGUUUGUGUACUUCUGUGUUAUCUAGACUACAAAAGUAUUUCUUAGACGCGUAUUAGUAAUUGGUUGAACUAGCAAAAUACUCCAUUAGUGUUCAUUAUGGCUGUAGAAGUAAGAUUCAAAACAUUAUAUAUUUUUCUAAUACUUGCAGUGGUUUUAUUGAGAUUAUACAUAUAAUAUCAGUCUCGCUCAUAAUAUUCUGUGUGUACAAAUAAAGCAGUUCAUUACAAAUUUUGUAAUUUAUCAUUACUUAAGUGUUGAUACAUCUUUAUUGGGUUAUGAUAUAAAAUGUUUAGUUAUCUACAAUUACCUUAAGUAAAUGACCAAUUAAUAAUUUCUACAUUGAUUUGUUUUAUUUGAAAUACUGAUUAAUGUGUAAAUAAAGUAUAUGAGUUAUUACAUGAUACUUACCCAGGUCAAAAUUAUACUACAUAAAAUAUACAUGUUUAAUUAAAUUGAUCUAUAUGAACAUAAAUUAUUUGUAUUUGGUUAUAAUUAUAUUGUAUUUAUUAUUCAAUAAAUGACUAUGCAUUUUAAAACUUAUUUAGAUUUAUCAAUUUAUUAAUGUAUACAUAUUUACCUAAUUGAAAUCUUUUAGGAUCAAAACUUUGCUAUACAAAGAGAGUUUGCGAGUUAUAUUCAUCCAUUGAAAUCCAUUACCGAUGAUGCAGAAGAGAAAGCAUGUUGGAUAGAUCAGAUGAAGUAUUUGGUUAAAGACUUUAAAGUUCUUCUCAAACUUCCAUUCAAAAAGUAUAUAAUAUACACAUUAAAUUUAUAUGGUACUUAUCGAUUAGAUUCUUUUUUUUUUUUUGCUGUGCUCACUCUGAUAACUUUAAUGGAAAAUAACUCUUAAUUUUUUGUGCAAAACCACAAAACAGUUAUUUGGUUAAGUAGUUACGAUAACCGAUAAGUACCGUUUUUAUUUAACAAUAAAUAAAAGUAUAAAAUAUGUAUGAUUUUAAUACUUUAGAUUUUGGUCUACAAUUGUUUUUAACAAAGAAGCUACUAUGGGAUUGAAUUCAUUUCUACAAGAAGCUGCUCCUCCUCAUUUAAUGGAUCAACUUCCACAAGAUGAUGAUAUAUUGGAAAUUUAUAGCACAGUUGAUUACUACGCAUUUCUGGUGUUUAAACGAUUGACUAAACAUGCUGAAAAUUUGGUAUUUAUGCGUAAAUAUUUUAUACUUAUACACUUUUAUAUUAAUUUGUUUAUAUAUUAUAUUUUUACUAGAAUAAUCAAAUGUCAUCAUAUUAUAUGUGGAACUUGGUAUGUGAUAAAAAUAUUAUAGACAUUUCUAUGUUAUUUGAUAUCUGUUCAAUUUAUGGCCAAACGAAAAAAAAAGAAUUGGAAAAAAUAUUUCUUGAAUUGUUUUCAAGUCAUCCAUUAUACACUGAACAUUUAAAAACUUCAAUUCAAAUUACAAUUAAUGUUAGUUACAUAAAAACUAUUACAAUAUUUAAUUUGUUUAUUUGUUAAUUAUAAAUUCCACUUGUUAGUGUUUAUGCCAAUUUCAAGAAAAAGUUCAACAUGACCUUGGCUUCAAGCAUGAAGAUGACACACCUCGUAAAAUUGUUACUUCUGCUGAAAUUAAUAAAGACAUUCUUCCUGUUAUUGAAGAUAUUAUACUUUUUCUAUUAGACACAGCAUGUAGUAUUUCAAAUUUCUUGGAAAUUUACCCAAAGGCUGCUAUUAUUUUCUAUCAAGAACAACUACAUAUGCAGUAUGUAUAAUAAUUACAUAAUUUAAUUUAAAACAUAUUUUUUUCUCUAUAUGGUUUGUUAUUUUUUUUUCAUACAAUUUUAUUCAGAAUUGCUGCAUUUUAUCAUAAUAUUAAUCCUUUAAUUUAUGAAAAAUUGAAUGGUCUGAACAAAGUGGACCAAUUCCAAGAAAAGUUACAAGCCUCAAGGAUAUUGCUUAUGAAGAUUGUCCAACAAUGUUUAAGUUAUCUAAAUAAUGAUGUUAUGACCAAGAAGUAAACAUUUGUAUUUAUUUUUGUGACAAAAAUGUAUAUAUAUUUAUAUUUUAUUUAAAGGAAAGCAGUGAAUCCAAUAGAAGAGUAUUUGGGAGUUUUAACUGAACUAUUGAAUUUUAGUGAAUUUAUUGCUGACUAUAAUGUUCUACAUAACUUAACUAAGGAUAUAAAGAGAUGUCAAAAAAUCCACAAACAAGUGUAAGAUUUAUUAAAACAGUUACUUAAAAAUAUCUAAUGAAACAAAUCAUAUUUAGAGACUCAGCAAGAUAUGAUUACUUAUUAAAGUCUAUAGAACUAAUGUCUAUCGCAAAUAGAGAAUUUGAACAAGUGGAAUUAGAAAGCGAACAAUUAGAGGUAAUCAUUAAAAAAAAAAAAAUUUUUUUUACAAUAAUAAUAAUUCUAAACUAAUAAUUUUAGUUACAAACCAGUAGUAAAAAUUUAGAAAAUGCAACAUUGCAGUCUCGUAUAACUGAAAUCAAAGAAUUAUUGCCUCAGUUAGGUGAUGGAUUUAUCCAAGUUAGUUAAUUUCUUUUGAAUAUUUUUUUAUUUUUGUUCUGUUUAAUUUUUUUGGUUUUGUUAUAUAGAAAUGUUUAGAAUAUUAUAAUAUGGAUUCUGAAAAAGUUAUAAAUAUGAUUUUGGAAAAAAGUUUUCCACCAGAACUUACUCAGUAUGAUUUUGAUCUCUCUUCACAAUCCCUACAUAAUGUAAAUGUAUGUUAUGAGGAAAAUGCAUCUGGUUAUGAUCCUUCAUAUAAAGGGUAUUUAUAUUAUUUUAAGAUGAGUAAAAUUAAUUAAUUAAAUAUAUUAUUUGAUUUUUUAGUUCUAAGAAACUUAAAAAAUUAAAAGCAGUUUUAGAUGAUAAAUCAUUCCGUAAUGAAAUGCGAUCGUUUUACGAAAAGUAUAAUUAUACCGAAGUUAGUUGUGUUGAAUUAGAAACAUAUUAUGAGGAUGAAUAUGAUGACACUUAUGAUAAUGUUAUUGAGUAUAAGUUACCAGAACAAUUAGACGAAAACCAGAAGAGAAGACCCGAUGUUGUACCAAGAGUUUUGAUGGAAAAAAAAACAGUAGAAGAAGAGGUUUCUGAUGAUGAACCACAAUCACAACCAGUUAUAAAUUUUACACCAUUCUGUGAAAAUCCUGAAGUUAUUCGAGAACGGCAAGCUAGAAAAUAUGCUGCAAAACAAUUUAAUAGAGGCAAUCGAAAUAGUAAGUAUAUUCAUAGUAAUUAAUCAUAAAACAAAAUUGUUCAACAUUCAUACAUGAUUAUGUUAGAUCAACCCAAAGCAUCCACUUCAUCUAAUGCAUCUGAACCAAAUAAAUUGGAAAAACAACGAAAAAAUGAGAAUAAAAAGUUUCAUGGGAAUCAUAACAGAAAAAAUGCAAGUAAACAACAAAGAGGAAUGUUUUGAUUAAAAAUAGUAACUUAGAGUAAAAUUUGAUGUGUUUGUAUUUUAUAUUGAAUUUAUUUAUUGGUUCAUUAAUCAUAAGCGAAUAAAACAUUUUCAAGUACCUACAUUUAGUUAAGAUUUAGCAACUAAAAUAUUGGACUAUCUUAAUUAAAUUUCAAAUGUGUUAAUAUUUCAUCCAUAAUUUAGUCAGAUAAUAGUUCAGUAACUGAAUCAAUAAUUAUUAAUAUAUAGUAUUUAGUUGGUUUUAAUUUAGUAGCCCUGUAUUAGUCUGAAGACUAAACACAAUUUUGAAGAAAAACCUAGUAGGGUAGAUAAAUAAGAAAAAAUCCUUAGGUAGGGGCAAAGAAAAUCCUUCAAAGCUAAUAAAAGCUCAAGCAGAACCUAAUCAAUCCAACUAACUUAGUUUUAAAAAUAGUACUCCUGUAAGUACAACACAAUGACCUAUACAAUCAGCUGAUCUAUAUUAAUUUAAUAAAAUAACAUAGUUUAAUAGGUAUUACACUAUUUCUAUAUAUUUGUGCAUAUUAUUGAUGUAUGUAUUCCAAAAAAAAAAAAUCCAACUUUGAAUUUUUUUAAGAUUAGUAACAAAAAUGGUGUAGCUUGAGACUUAUUUUCUUUUUGAAUCCAUGAAUAAAUAAUAACCCCCAGCAAUUUGUAAAAUGUGUUUGUAUGUGUAUGGUUUAACCAGUAAACUCUGAACAAUUACAGUGAACAUUGUAUUAUUUAUAAUACAUUAAUGCAUAGUAUUAUAAAUAGUAAAAAAAAAAAAAUAUUAAAUUUUUAACAUAGUAUUAUUUAUUAUUAAUUAUUAAUAUUUUUAUUACUUGUCAAUAAUCAAUAUUAUAAUUAUUAAAUUAGUGUGUCAAAUAUAAAUAAAACAUCCACUCCCAUAUAUUUAACAAUCUCAUAAAUAAUUGUCUCUGAAAAAAGUGUUUUGUCAUGAGCUUCUGUUUGUAUUAUAGAUUUAUAAAUUAUAAGUGUCAAUACUAGUUUGAUUUAUAUCAUGAUUAUAUUUACUAUGCAAGUAUGCAAAGAAAAUGAUAAGGUUUUUUUUGCAAAUAAUCGAUAUUACAAUUAAUUAUUAAAUAUACUUAACAAAUAGAAUUAUAGCAAGUUAAGUCAAUAUAAAUAUUAAUAUUGAAACAUCCAUAUUAAAUUAAUUGAUUAUACUAAUAGUAUUAAUUUUUUUUCAUAGUGCCUAUUUUUAAAUGUAAUCAGUUUAAUGGUGGUUUUAUAUACAGCACCUUGUUCAGGAAUUUGAGGAUUUUACUCUUAUUUGCAUAGGAAUCUUAGUAUAUUUUCUAUAUAUUAGUAGAAAUUGUAUAUUGUAUUCAACCCUGUUUAAGAAUAGGCCCAUGGUCUGAAAAUGUUUGAUUGGUGACUUAAAAUAAAAAAUUAAUUUAAUUGUACAAUUAAUUAUAGUUUAAUUAUUAGUUGGUAGUUAUUAAAAAAAAAAUUAUGUUAUCAAUAUUAUAUGUAUUUUAUACAAUAUUUAGAAACUUUUUUUUUUAUUCAAUUAUUAAAGAAUUAUUAAAUUCAUAGAGCUAAAAGUUAAUAAACUUGUAAUUUUAGAUUCUGAGCAAACCAAAUAAUGUAUUGGUUUGAUAAUGAUGUUUUUUUUUUUAUACUAUAUACAAAGUUUUAUCAAGUUAGUACUUAAAAGGUAAUUUUUGAUUUUCCAAGUGGUUUUCAUAAUAAUUGUAAAAAGCCCGAAAGUUUAAUAUAAUAAUAAUUUAUUAUUUUCAAUUUUUUUUUUUUUUUGUUGUAAUUCAGUUAAAAAUGUUCAUAGAAACAAGAAAUUUGGACUAAUUUUGAAUUGUCAUUUAAUAAUAUUAUUGUUAAUUUUAAAACUUUUUUAAUCAUUAGCCUAUCAUAAUUAUUAUUUUUAAUAAAAUAAAAUAGGUACUGUCUAUUAAGUUAUCCUAUAGUGUCUUCACUAAGUAUACAAUGGCCAACCUGCUGGAAGUGAUUUUUAUAUGUAUAAGACCAAAUUAAAUCAAGUUAAUCAAAUUAUCAAAUAUUCAGUUUUACUUAUUUAAAACUAUGCAAGCGCAGCCAAACUAUAAAAAAAAGAGGUGGUACUGCUGAUGAGUUUGUCACUUUUUAAGAUAGAAAGCUGUGGAAGUACGAUGUAUAAAGUUAUUUAAUUGAAAUCUGUUACCAAUGAUAAUCUCAAGUUUGGUUAUACAUGUUUUAUAAAGCCCUAAUUUUUAUGUUUUAUCUUAAACAGC